UUCUACUCCAAGUUAUCAUUUCUCCAUUAAUAUCCAUGGAGACAAAUCCACCAACCUCCGAGUUAAUGUCGCCGGUCCAUAGUUUCCCCAACCGGUUCUUUAGCAGCGACUUCCAAAAUGAUGAGGAAUUUAAUGCUCCAGCUUCUGUGUACACUUAUAUGCCUGUUGAUUGUUCGCGAUCAUCUGAAGCCCCUGUUAGAUCACCGGAUGUUGUGAUAUCCAACAAUUUCAUGAACAGCGCUUUUAAUGAUGACCAGGUUAUGGAUAAUGAAGAAGCAUCCCAAGAUUCCCAUAUGCAGCUCAUGCCUGGUGCUGUUUCUGGAUCAUCUCAUGGUCCUUCUCUGUUUGCUGAAUCAUCACGCGGCCAGUUAGACGGGCCAUCGAAUCCAUACUUCGUUUUUGAUACCCCUCAGGGAACCCGUUACUGGAUUCCUAACGUCGCUGAUAAGUUCAUACCAGUGUGUGGGAAAUCUUAUCCAACUUUUGCGGAUGUUCUUUCCAUGUAUGAACUUUAUGCGUUUGAAGCAGGUUUUUUUGUAAAAAAGGGCAAACUAAAGUCUGGAAUGGAAUUCCCACACACAAGUAUCUUCGAUGCUCAAAAUAUGGAAAACCACAACCCAAGAGGACUUUUGACACCCUAGAUGAAUCUUCUGUUAAGCACCGGAGGACCAACUUCACAUGGUGUGACUGUAAGGCAAGCAUACUAGUCUCAAUCUCGAAUGAUUCAUACACUGUUCUGAGUUUCAAUGAUAUUCAUAAUCAUGAACUUGUUGAGAGUUACAACCGUGAUCUUAGCAAGAUAUCACGGAAGCUGUCAUUCUCCACCAAACAAUUCAUUCACAAUAUGAGUCUAAACCGUA